AUGGCCAAAGAAUUAUUCAUCUUACCAGUGGACCUCAUGGAGUCCCAAUUGUCCACAAUCGACCUCCUGACGGCAAUGUUCCCAUCUGAUGGCGAACUAGAAAUCCCCGAAUCAACAACACAAUGCGUCGAGAAACUCCGCAGCUGGUGCGAGGAUCCAAGCUUCCCACCACCCACAAUCCCAUCAACUCUAUCUCUCACCGUCAGUCUCCCAAUCUUAGAAGGAGAAAAGACAAUACAAGUCAACAUCUCCGUGCCACUCCAAUGUGAAACCCCAGAAACCGACCACUCCCCACCAUUGGGCUACUCACUCCGACAACCAGAGUGGAUGUCCAGAGCCGAGGUCGCCAGACUCACCGCCUCAAUACCAGCCGGCGACGACGCACUCGAGGCCUUCGAGUACAUACAGGCAGAAGCCAGUCGGUUUCUUGAACACAAGCAGUCCGAGGCCGUGGUUCCAGAGGACACAGAUAGAGGACCGAUUGUCCGCGUCUGGUUCUACUUCCCGUCUCUGUCAACCCGCAAAAAGCGGGAUGAUAUGGUUAAUCUGGCGCCGGGGUAUGCUUUGACGGGAUUUGUAUUGGCGGGGAAGCCGGGGGUUUUGUGUCUUGAGGGCUGCUCGCAAGAUAUCGAUUCUUAUAUGAGUUUUAUCAAGACACAUUCGUGGGGUGAUAUUCCGAGUUAUCAGAAGAAAGUUAGCGAGAGGUUUCGCGAGACGGAGGGGGUUCAGAGGGUGUUCCCUGGGAUGGAGGAGAUCACGGAUUCGUUGGGGGAGCGGGGUGGACAGCGGGCUAACCGGGGGGAUAUGCAGGCGUUGGAGGCUUGGUUAGGGGGCAAAGGAUUACAAGAGGCAUUUGAAAAAGUGAUCUUUUAG